UGGCUUUUGCUGACCAUUGCGUAGGGGGAACACGUACCGCUGUGAACUUCCCGGUGCAAGGGGUCCUUAGUAUCGAUUUUUUUUGUUAGCUUUAGCCCAACACACUGUCCAGCCUUUUUGGGCAGUAUUUAAUGUCUGCUCUGUCAAAAAGGACGUGUUUUAGUUAGAGACCAAUCCGUAUCAAUGAAGAAAGUUGUUUCAUUCAAGUUGAACGGUAAGGAUUGUGCACCAAGUGUUGGUCUUCGUGGUUCGGAAGGUGGAAUAGGGUACGGCGGUUCGUCCGAUCGUACCAAGAAGCCCUUUUCGAGACCAUUCAACAAAAAUCGGCUCGAACCAGCAGCAAGUACGUCUGGCGGACCAUCGACGGGACCACCGGUUGUUGGCAAGAUGGCAUCCAGCAGUAGCAGCGCUGCCACCGGUCCUAGUACCGCCGACACGAGUGCUCUGAUGAGGCAGAACAAUGAACUGCGCCACCGGCUUCAGGAGGAAGCAAACAACUAUCGACGGCGAUUGGACACCUACAAACAAGCGCAAAACAAUCAGGCCGCGUUGGUGAGCCGCCUUCAGGCCAAGGUGCUUCAGUAUAAACAACGUUGCACGGACUUGGAGCAGUUAGGACCGGCGGCCGGCGUCUGUCCGGGAGGAAGCAGUGGUGGCCGUUACCACGGCGGAGGUGCCGGUAGUCGCGAACCAUCGCCUACUUCGCGCCACCACAUCGGUCACCAUGGACCGUCAUCACCAUCGGAUGGCGCUGGUAUCUGCAAGUCGGUGGACGCAGGACCGUUGAGCCUGCCGCAGGCCUCUUGUCCGGUUGCCAGGGAGCGAGCCCGAUCCCGCUCUCGAUCGCAGUCUCCCUGCAGGAAAUACUCGGAAGGUUCGCACGACGAGAUCAGACACCAGUUGGACGAGGAACGAAGACGCUGCGAAAAAUUGUUGGUCGAGAAUUCCUGCUUGCGCCAGCAGCUGGAAGAAUCUCAUCGUACCAACGAGGCUCUAACGAACGAUCUUCAGAAGCUCACCAACGAUUGGGAAAGUCUUCGGGAUGAGCUGCUGAGCAAGGAGGAUGAGUGGAAGGAGGAAGAGCAGGCUUUUAAUGACUACUACAACAACGAGCAUACUAGGCUGCUGAAGAUGUGGCGUGAUGUGGUGCAGGUUCGCCGGUUGUUCAACGAGAUGACCUCAACGACCAAGGUCGAGCUUAGCCGGAUGCAUCUGGAGCUAUCUGGCGCGUGUCGCGAGGUGUCCGGAGCCUGCAGCGGUGUUUCGGUGAAUUUGAAGCAAUCAUCCAAGUUCGAGGAAGCUCAGCAAAUGCACAUCGAGCGCGAGAACUUGGAGCUCAAAUCGCAGCUUAGCGAAUUGAGAGUGCAAUUCGAAGCAUCGAAGCAGGAGAUAAACCAACGUGAACAGCGGCUGCAGCAGAUGUCACAGGAGCUGAAGAUACUGGACGAGCGAUACGUGCAGGCCGAUAGCCAAGCCGUUCAGGCACACCGUAUGAACGAUGAGGUGGAGCGGCUGCAAUCCGCCCUACGUGACAUUGCCCAUGCGGUGGUGCAGGACGCGGAGGUAAGCGCCUCUGCCAACGACAUGGCUGAUGGUGGACACAGUCAGCAUCUGCACCUCUCACAGCCGAUCACAUCCGGUAUUGCUCCGACCGUCCCACGAUCGCCGAAACGAAACAGCGGAAUCGGAAUGGGAGGCGGUAGUGGUGGUGGCUUGCGGACGUCGCAAGCGUUCGCCGAGGGCACUAUCUCGGCAGUGCAGGCUGCCCUGCAUAAGUACCAACUGGCGAUACACGAUCUGCAGGUGAAACUGCAAACGAACAACGACGCCUUGAAGGCGACCAAGAAACAGUUCGAGAACUGCGACCAAACGCGCGGCGUGCUUUCCGGAAAAGUGGCCGAGCUGACCGAAAAGCUGGACUCGGCGAACCAUCAGCUCUCGGAACUGUACAAAGAGCGCGACAGUCUACAGAAGACGCUGGAUGGUUUGCGUUCCGAUAAGCACACGGUGGAGCGCGGUAAAGCGGAACUCAAUUCGAUUGUCGACAGUUUGAACACCGAUUACGAAAAGUUACAAAACGUUAACAGUAAACUACAAAAAAUGUACGAUUCCUUGGAGGAGGAGAAAAAGAUGAUUGAAAUGGAGUUGCAGCGAGUGCACAAGGAUAAGGAUUUGCAAGAAUUGAGUUUAAGAGCGGAAGAAGAGCGUUGCAGUCGACUGCGGGAAGAAACGAUAACUUUACGGGAGGAGCUGAACAAACUGUAUCUCUCAAGGGAUCUGCUUGAGCAACAGCGCAUCGAAUCGGACGGGUUGAUGAACAUGCUGGAGAAGCAGAAAAUCGAACUGGAGUUCGAGUUGGACCGCGUUACUGGUGAACGCAAUGAAAUGCAUUCUACGUUGGAGAAGCGAAACUCUUCGAAUGAACAUUUAGAACAGGAAAUACGCCAAUUGAAGGCCACAGUGGCACAGCUGGACGAAGAACGGGGAAAAUUGCGUGCCC